GGUUAGUGUUACAAAUGUCAGCACUGACAUUUUUAUCCACGAAGCCUUCCAAGUAAACUGAGUUUGACUAAAUUCCGAGUAAUUAUCAUGAAGAUAUUUAUUAUUGCACUUCUUGCUUCCGUCGGCUGUGUACAUUGUCGUCCACAAGGAUUGCUUAAUAAUGCAUUAGCCGGAGGUGUGGCUAAUGGGGCAAACGUCGACGUUUUGGGGUCCGCAGCCCAGUCUCAGCAAGUUGCAUAUUCUGGGUACCCAGGUGGUGGUUAUCCCGGGGGUGGUUAUCCUGGCGGUGGUUAUCCCGGUGGUGGUUAUCCCUGGGGUGGUUAUCCUGGCGGUGGUUAUCCUGGCGGAGGAUAUGGACCUCAAAAUGGGUAUAAUUAUACUCCUAAUUAUGGAGGAGGAUAUGCUCCGGGCUACGGAGGUCCUGUAGGUGGUCCAGGUUAUGCUCAUCAAUCCUCUGCUGGGGGUGGACUCGUAGGCACCUUAGUUGGAGCCCUUGGUGGUUAGCAACGUAUUGAAUGAAGACAAAUCUCUAUUUCAUUAGACGAGAUCCCAAUUAGAUCAAACAUAAUUCAAUUGCUAUUACAUUCAGAAUAAAGAUUUUAACUCACUGACAUCAAAA